AUGCGUACAGCAUUAUUUCUAUUUGUGUUUCUUCAAACGGUUUCCUAUGUUGUUACCGUGCAUCUUGAAUGUAGAGAUUGCAUCUGCACUAUUACGAAUUGGAAUCCGGGCGUGGAUGGCCCAUUGGCGGUUGAUUGGAUUCUGCGCUGUGAAAUGGAUUUGUAUUUCGUUAACCUAACAACCCCAACAAUAGCCUUAGAUCAUAUUGAUCGAAUGGAUCUGGUUAGCAAAUUCUACAUCAACAUUGCGAAAUCUCCAAUACAAAACGUAUACAUGUCUUCUCGUGCCAAAAUAUUUAGAUUGACGCUAACGGAAACGAAUCUUACUGAUAUAAGAUUCGAAUGUCAGAACAACAAGUUAGAAUUCUUCACCAUUAUAGAAAGUCGAAUCAGUGUUCUACCUGACAGCAUAAAAUUGCUCUCAAAUGUAAAGGCUAUUCAUGUACUGAAAUCUUUUUUAAAGUUUAUCGACUUCAGCCUUUUUAGUAAACUGUCUCACUUAGAACACAUCAGCCUAAGCUACAAUGAAAUAGAGUCCCUUCAAUUUCCCGACGGUCAGAGCGAAGAUUUCGGUAAGCUCAAGGACAUAUUGUUGUCCAACAACUUUCUGACAACGGUCAGCAUGAACAACUUCAACAACAUGAGGGCUCUGGAGACGCUGGAUCUGUCGAACAAUCGUAUCGUGUCCUUCGAAGGCCAUCUCGAGUCAAAUAGCUUAAGAAAUCUCGAUCUGUCUCACAAUCGUUUUGAUGCUUUAAGCUUCUGCGGCUGGAACUUAACGGGCCUAACCAAAUUCGACGCGAACAAUAACAUUUUGAUGCAAUUACCAGCGUGUAUGGAGACGACAAUGUCCAGUGUGAGUUACCUAAUGCUUUCAUCGAACGUGCUAUCCGGUGGUGAAAUCUGGCCCCAACUAGCCACUAUGACCAACCUGCAAAUGCUUGACGUCAGCCACAAUCGUCUAACCAGUUUGGUAUGGUGCAGCACUGUCCUGUCGUUGCGAUUCGUAACCGCACGAAACAAUCAGAUAAAAGAACUCAGGGUACCGUUUGCGAAGGAAGGUUUUAAUGUCGAUGCGGGAUGUAAUGCGAUUGAACAGUUUGAUCCCAGCAGUAUGUCGCCUAACGUCACUUUCUUGCAAAUGCAAUGCAAUCCGCUCGAUUGUAGUUGGAAUAGGGACUUAAUGAACUAUACAGGCGAUGCGAAAUGUGUUAAGAAUGUUACAAAUUGCAAAUCAUGUCAGGUAGAAUCUGAAAUAGGGAUUUCUUGA